CAGAACUGCACCAAUCAGCCCUUGAAUCACUCUGCCUGCACAGAAAAACUCAGCAAAAUCAUCCAAGAUGGUCAAGUUCGCCGCUAUCGCUGCCGCCGCCGCCCUCGCCGGGCAGGUCACGGCCCAGAUGCCAGACACCUGCUUCCUUCGCCGCUCCUACUGCGGCGGCCAGCUGCUCUCUGGAUCGGGGCAGAACUACCAGAAUUGGGAGAAGCGCGUAGACGACGCUCUCCGUGCUGAUGGGCUCCCUAUCGACGGAUCCCACAGGUACAACACCCUGUUUGUCUGCAUCGGCCCCACGUCUCUGGGAGUGGCUCAGUACUGCCCCGCUGCCGGCCUGGCCUGCCAGCCCAGCAACAGCGACGCCUGCGGCCACAACACUGCCCUGAACUCCUGCUGCGGCCGCAACUAG